UACGACUAGAGGUGUGGACAACCCAUAAGUGCCGUAAGUGUGUAGAGAUGUGCGCAUCUGUUGCCAUAUUUGGCUCAAAACAUAGACAAUUAAAUUAAGACUUUUUUGUUAUCAUUAAUUGAUUUGAAGAUCAAAAUCAAUGAAUUAGUGGCCAAUCAGUGGACGCAAUGUCUCGAUAACUAUCUGAAGAAGUGAUGCCACGAAAGGAAAAACAAGAAAUGCAUUAUUUAUCUGAAAAAUAUGACCAAAUGGUGACCGAAAUGACGGAGCACGACUUCCAAGUGAUUCGUUUCAGUUCAUACAGAACUGCAUCGAAGUUACGGUUCAUUCAACACAAGACCAACUUCCAUUAUAUAGACCUCUGGAACGCCAUUGAAUCCAUUCGUGACAAUGGUUUGCAUAGCUUUCAAGACAUGUCGGCAGAGAUAUCAGUACAAAGAAUGGAAGCGUUGGUCGCAUCCUUCCAAAUGCCAUUCAAUAUGUGUAACGACUGA